AGUAUUUGUCCGCGGCCCCCGCGCUCCCAUCCCCAGAGCGUUCCUCGUCCUCCGCGCAAAGACCUCCAUGGCCCCGACCGGCCGCACCGUCCGUCCCGCACGUCUCGAGGGGCGCCGGCCUCGCUGAGCUCCCCGGUGCGAGACCCCUGCGGGGAGCCCCGCCGCCGCCUCACCCCCCCCCGUCCCUCCCCUCCCCUCCCCUCGCCCCCCUCCCGGCCCGGCCCCGCCGCCCCCCGCGCAGCAGCAUGAGCCUGGGAGCGGGGGCCCAGCCGGGGCUCGCUCAGCAGCGCGGAGCCGCCAGCCGAGGCGCGGGGCCGUGACGGGCAGUGCCCCCGAGGGGAGCGCGGGCAGGACCCCCCCCUUCCCCGGUCAUUUCUCCGUUCGGACCCCGCCCCGGAGAGAUAUGCUCAGCCCAAACCUCCUGGAAGCGUCUCCUGGGAUUGCCUUGGCCCCCGGGCGUGCGGAGUGCGGAGCCUUCCCUCGGACGGCGGGCACAGCCCCGCGCCUUUGCCUGCCCCUCGUCCUGCUGCUGCUCGCCCUGACGCCCCGCGCCGACUCCUCGUGGUGGUACAUCGGGGCGCUGGGCGCCAGGGUGAUCUGUGAUAACAUCCCUGGGCUGGUGAACAAGCAGAGGCAGCUGUGCCAGAGGUACCCUGACAUCAUGCAGUCAGUUGGGGAAGGAGCCAAGGAAUGGAUCCGGGAGUGCCAGCACCAAUUCCGGCACCACCGAUGGAACUGCAGCACCCUGGACCGCGAUCACACCGUCUUCGGACGGGUCAUGCUGCGAAGCAGCAGGGAGGCAGCCUUUGUCUAUGCCAUCUCCUCAGCUGGAGUGGUUUAUGCCAUCACCCGGGCCUGCAGCCAGGGAGACCUGAAGGUGUGCAGCUGUGACCCGCUCAAGAGGGGCCGCUCCAGGGACGAGCGCGGCGAGUUCGACUGGGGCGGCUGCAGCGACAACAUCAACUACGGCAUCCGCUUUGCCAAGGCCUUCGUGGAUGCCAAGGAGAAGAAAGUGAAGGAUGCCAGGGCCCUGAUGAACCUGCACAACAACCGCUGUGGGAGGAUGGCUGUCAAGAGGUUCCUGAAGCUGGAGUGCAAAUGCCACGGGGUCAGUGGCUCCUGCACACUAAGGACUUGUUGGCUGGCAAUGGCAGACUUCAGGAAGACAGGGGAUUACCUGCGGAGGAAAUACAACGGCGCCAUCCAGGUGACCAUGAACCAGGACGGCACUGGCUUCACCGUGGCCAACAAGAACUUCAGGAAGCCCACAAAGACAGAUCUGGUGUAUUUUGAGAACUCACCUGAUUACUGUGUGAUGGACAAGUCAGCAGGCUCCCUGGGCACCGCUGGCCGUGUGUGUAACAAGCUGUCCCGCGGGACGGACGGCUGCGAGGUGAUGUGCUGCGGGAGGGGCUACGACACCACGCGCGUCACUCGCCUCACCAAGUGCGAGUGCAAGUUCCACUGGUGCUGCGCCGUGCGCUGCAAGGAGUGCGAGGACACUGUGGAUGUGCACACCUGCAAAGCACCCAAACGGGCCGAGUGGCUGGACCAGACCUGAGGAGAAAGGAACAUCCCACCCCCUCCCCCCGAGGGAAGAAGCCGCUGCCACUUCGCCUCUUGCAGCGUUGAUUCCCCGAAGCCCGUGCCCCGAGGGCCGGGAUGUUCUGGGAGCUGUAGUUCAACUGCAUGGCUUUUUAUUUAAUUCCUUCUGCAAAGCACUAAAGGACAGACUACAUUUCCCAGGAGGUGCUGCGGACCCUUCUGUUUGCUCAGCAAAACUCAUCCCCUACCUGGGAGGAGCCUCGCGGCUCUUGCUUAAACUGUGAAAGUGCUGUUGGCGCGGGCUGAGGGAUCCUGCCCCUCCCCACACAACUCGACGUCUCAGCCACAAAACCAAAACAAGCCCCAAACUCACUAGUUCAGAAUAAUCCACUCUUGCAGAAGGCAUUCCUGCUUUUACUGUUGUUUGUUUGCAAGGCCAGAGGAAGGGUGUUGGGAAUCCCAUCAGCUCCGUGGUGCUGGAGCUCUGGGGCAGGAGCAGCCUCUGCUCGAGGCAUCUCCCCAGCAAAGGUGACAAGCAGAGCUGUAAAUUGGAACUGAAAUGUGACUGCACAGAGCCAAGGGCCAGCCCUAGAUGCUGGCAGCUACAGAAAGCUAGAGAAAAAGCAACCAGGUCUGUGAACUUCAGUGGGAGGUUGUGAACUCAACAGAUCCAACAGUGUCUCUGUAAAACUCACCUGUAUGUUGUGUAUACUGCUUAUUAUUUGAAGUCAAAAUUCAUUAUAAACCUAUAGCAGAAAACAA